AUGCGGUGGUGUUUCCUGGUUGUGAGGCUGGCGGUCUCGGUACUCAGUCCGGGCCCCAGCCUGGUAUGUUGGACAGUUUGUUGGGGGUCACCUCUGAGGGAGGGGAGACUUCCAACUCUGCGGGGGAGUUGGAGGCUCCCACCCCUGCGGAGUGUACCGGAGACAGGGAACAGGCUGUUCCCUUGUCUGGUGACUGUUUGA